AUGAUCGACUCUCAAGUCUUGUCAGCUUUCGCCCUCAAGGGACUCCUACUGGGUCUCAUCGUGUUGAGCUGCACCGUAGCUGGACUCUGCAUUUAUCGACUCUUCUUUCACCCGUUGGCUAAAUAUCCCGGUCCCUGGCUGGCAAAGACCACCAAGUUGUAUGCUGGUUAUCAUGCAUGGCGUGGGGACCUGCAUCUGGAUAUGUGGAGAUGCCACGAGAAAUACGGUGACUAUGUCCGAUAUGGACCGAAUAGCCUUCUCGUCAAUACCGCCGACGGACUGCAUGAUAUAUACAGCCACGGGAAGAACUUCAAGAAGGCUCAACGCUAUGCCGCCAUGGUGCAUCGGGCCCCGAACACAUUAACCGUGAUUGACAAGAAGAAGCAUGGCAAGAAGAGGAGAGUCAUCAGCCAGGGCUUCUCCGAUUCCGCACUCAAAAACCAUGAGGUUGUCAUCCUGGAACAAAUAAAACACCUGUGUACCCAGCUGAAGGCAGGGGAGGGAGGUAAGCCGGUGCCGGCAGACACCUGGUCUACCCCCAAGAAUAUGGGCCGAAUGACCGACUACCUCGCCUUCGACGUCAUGAGCAACAUCAUCUUUGAUUGCCCCUGGUCAACCCUGCGCUUCCCCACCUUCCGCUUUGUCCCGGAAGUGAUUGAGAAGUCCAACGUUCGAGUCGGGACACUGGCCCAGUCGCCCGAGCUCAGCAUAUUCCGACUGGACAAAUACCUUUUCCCCGAGGCCAUAAAGGCUAGGGACAUGUUCAUCGGGUUUGUCGAUGUGAUGCUCACCCAAGGUAUCGAAGCCGCCUCCAAGACAGGCAAGGGUGUCUUCGCACUCCUCGCGAAGGCCAAAGACCCGGAGACUGGUCUUCCACUACGAAACCGAGAACUAGGUGGCGAGAGCGCGACGCUGAUUGUCGCGGGGACUGAUACCUCCUCCACCGCGAUGGCGGCCUGCUUCUUCUACCUAUCGCACAACAGGGCGGCCUAUGAGCGCGCAGUGAAUGAAGUUCGCAGCGUCUUCUCAUCCCCCGAGGAAAUCCGCAUGGGUCAGCAAAUGAGUCAAUGCGUAUUCCUGCGUGCCUGCAUUGACGAAAGCAUGCGUAUGUCCCCGUCGGCGGCGGGAUCGCUGUGGCGCGAGGCAGAGGAAGCAGGAGCUACUGUGGACGGACAGUAUAUUCCCCCAGGUGUGGAUGUAGGAACCUGCAUCUACAGCAUUCACCAUAACCCAGCAUACUACCCUGAGCCGUUCUGCUUCCAGCCCGAGCGCUGGAUCGCGGAUGAGUGUCGCUCGGUGCAAGGGGAUGUCGGACGCGCGCGAUCGGCCUUCAAUCCUUUUUCUAUUGGGCCCCGAAGUUGCAUUGGCAAGAGUCUCGCCUAUGUGGAGCUUCAUCUUGUGUUGGCGAGGGUGCUUUGGGAGUUUGAUAUCCGCCUGCCGGAGGGGGAUUUGGGGAAGACUGGUGAGGGAAAAGUAGGAGCUGAGUAUGGCAGGCAUCGUCUUGAUGAGUACCAGCUCUAUGACCAUUUGACGGCUGCGAAGGUGGGGCCAUAUCUGGAGUUUUGCCCACGAAAAUAG